AUGGCAAACUGGUUGAAACUUAUCCUUGUCCAAAUUAUAGGUGAAUUCCAAAGUGCCUUUGUUCCAGGAAGAUUGAUCUCAGACAAUGGCCUUAUAGCAUUAGAGAUAUUUGAUUAUCUAAGAAAGAAAAAGUUUGGCUCAAAAGGCUAUAUGGGAUUGAAGCUUGACAUGACAAAAGCCUAUGACAGGUUGGAAUGGAAUUUCCUUCUCCAGGUUUUCAGGAAAAUGGAGUUCCUUCAUAAAUGGGUUGACCUUAUAUGGAGGUGUGUAAGUACACCUAGUUUCUCUGCCCUUCACAAUGGAAUCCCUUGCACCAAAUUCACCCAAUCCCCUUACCUAUUCAACCUAUACGUUGAAGUUUUCUUAGCAAUGCUAAUAAGAGCACAGAUUCAUAGAGCCAUUCAUGGGAUCAAGGUGGCUAGAUACACUGAGGAGAUAUCCUUUCUCUUUUUUGCAGUUGAUAGCAUAAUUUUCAAUAGAGCAUCUGAUUAA